UUCACCGGUCUGGUCCUGCUGCUCAGGUCCGGACCGCCUGCUCGCAAAGUCUCUCACGGCGCUGAACGGAUUCACACACACUUUCCGCCGCAGUUGGGUCGCGGUCACACGACCAUGUCCUCCAUCGUCUGCCGGGUCCAGUUCCUGGAGGACUCGGAUCCGUUUAUCUGCACAAACUUCCCGGAGCCUCGGAGACCUCCGACCGUGAGUCUGGAGGAGAACCUGCCGCUCAGCGAGCAGAUCGCCGGGAUACACAAGCUGCUGGAGGCGCCUCUGAAGUUGGAGGAGUGCACCCUGCAGCUGUCUCCUAUUGGAAACUAUCUGGACCUGGACUCGUCUCUGUCCGAGCAGAGAGACGAGCUGGAGAGCUUCUAUGAAGACGUGACUAAAGGGAAGAAGCCCAUCCUGAUCCUGAGGACUCAGCUCUCCGUCCGAGUUCACUCCAUCCUGGAGAAGCUGUAUAACUCUCACGGUCCAGAGCUCAGACGCUCCCUCUUCUCGCUGAAACAGCUGUUCCAGGAUGAUAAAGACCUGGUCCCAGAGUUCGUGGCUUCUGAAGGUCUGACGUGUUUCGUUAAAGUCGGAGCAGAAGCCGACCACAACUACCAGAACUACAUCCUGAGAGCUCUCAGUCAGAUCAUGCUGUUUGUCGACGGGAUGAACGGGGUGAUAAAUCACGGUGAGACGGUUCAGUGGCUCUACACGCUGACAGGAAGUCUGUCUCGUCUGGUGGUGAAGACGUCUCUGAAGCUGCUCAUAGUCUUUGUUGAGUAUUCAGAGGCCAACAGUCCUCUGCUCAUCGACGCCGUCAACACAGUGGACGAGAAGAGAGGUGAGAAGCCGUGGAGUUACCUGAUGGAAGUUCUGGAGGAGAGGAACGGGUCGGACACAGAGCUGCUCAUGUUCACCAUGACACUCAUCAACAAGACUCUAGCAGUGCUCCCUGACCAGGACUCGUUCUACGAUGUGACUGACAGUCUGGAGCAGUUGGGGAUGGAGACGAUCAUCCACAAACACAUGAACAGCAAGGGGACAGAACCGGACCUUCGAGCUCAGUUCACCAUCUAUGAGACAGCUCUGAAGUACGAGGACGGUGAGAUCGAUGACUCCUCCCUUCACCUCCGUAAAGAGAGAAGAAAGAUGGCUGCCGGCGAUCAAGAGGGAAGAAAGAGCCGCCGCUCGUCCAGCCAAAACCUCCCUGACCUUCUGUCCUACUCUGCAGGCUCCUCCCCCUCUGCCUCUCCCACCCCUCCUACCUUCCUCUCCCCCUCCACCGCCGCCAACAAUCCCCUCUCUCCCGUCAUCUCGUCCACCUCCUCUAGCCCCACAGCGGGUUUUGGCAGCAGGGCCUCGUCUCCUCUGACCUCUGACCCCGGUAGUGCCUCUUCCAGUCCAGCUGGGUCCCAGCGAGGGUCUCCUCUGCCCCCUCACACAGCUCCCAACAGUAUGGCGACAACAGAGGAGGAAGCAAAGACACCGAUCAGCCCGAGUCGCUCUUUCCUCAGUCACCACAUGUCAGCUCUUGGUCUGAGCAGGAAGUCUCGCCUCUUCUCCAAAACCAGCUCCAUCUCUGAGGAGCCGCCCGCCGCUGGCAGCUCGGCUUCCUCGGACCUCUCUUCAUCUCAGUCGAACUCGGAGCAGCUCGGCAGCAGGACGGAGAAUAAAACCAGUUUCAACUCUGGGGAGGCUAAAGAGGUCUUCUGCUCAGAUGACUGUAAUGUAAAUCUGGACAAGCCGGUUCUGAGGAGGUUUGAAGACACCUUCCUGCGCAGCCUGGCAGCCACUCAGUGGGAAAAGAAGAGAAGAAGUAAACACCUCAGCCAGAGCAGGCUGUCCUCCUCUGAUGAUGUCAUAACCCCGAGCCUGCAGCCUGCAGAGGAGGGCAGCAGUGUCCCCGCUGAGGAGCCGUCAGUCUCGACAUCGAGCAGUUUGGAGACAAACGGACUCUCAGACUCUCAGAAUGAGCCCGCAGCAGCUGCGGUGCAGCGGCAGUGCAGCACUCUGUCCAACGACAGGAAGUUCCUGCUGGACAUGCUGUACUCCAAGACCUCCAGCACAGCUCCUCUGAGCCCGACGGCUGCUGCCCCUGACACCACUGAAGAAGAAGGCAGCUUCCUGCCGGGUGGAGAUCUGGCCGGACGGGGUCGUGUGUUGGAGCGUCUGUCCAGCUUCAGAGCGCGCUCGGUCGAGCCCUCCUGCCCCACUGAGAGCAGCGCCUCCCGCAGGGCAGAGCUGGAGGGGCUGGAAGGCUCCGCCCAGGCAGCGCUGGCCCGGCUGGCUGAAGAACAGCAGAACCGUCACCUCCGUCAGCAGAGCAGCAUCGAUGUGGAGAGCCACGCCCGCCACCUGGAGACCACCCAGAUGACCCCGCUGGGCCCCGGGGGCCCCGUCGACGCCUGGCAGCAGCUGCAGCCGAGCGCCGCCGCCCUGCGCAUCAAAGACCUGGACUUCUCCGACCUGCUGGACGAGGAGGACAUUGACGUGUUGGACAUGGACACCUUUGACUCCUCCUCUGCCCCCACCUGCUUCUCUGGUCUCCCUCCUCCUCCUCCUCCUCCUCCUCCUCCUCUCCCAGGCUUGGCUGGUUCUCCUCCUCCUCCCCCCCCCCCUCCUCCACCUCUGGCUGCUCUAGCCCCUCUUGCACCUCCUCCUCCUCCUCCUCCUCUCCCCGGUGCUCCUCCUCCUCCCUCCUCUCAGAAGCAGAAGAAGAAGACGGUGAAGUUGUUCUGGAAGGAGCUGAAGCAGGCGGACGGGCCUCACAAGUGUCGCUUCGGCCGGGGGACGGUGUGGGCGUCUCUGGACAAGGUGGCGGUGGACACCUCCCGACUUGAACACCUGUUUGAGUCUAAAGCCAAGGAGCUGCCUGUCACCAAGAAAGGACCAGACACUAAGAAGUCUGAGAUUCUGGUUCUGGACCCAAAGAGGAGCAACGCCAUCAACAUCGGUAUGACCGUCUUGCCGGCCGUCCACGUCAUCAAGACCGCCAUCCUCAACUUUGACGAGUUCGCCAUCAGCAAAGAGGGGAUCGAGAAGAUCCUGACCAUGACCCCCACAGACGAGGAGAAGCAGAAGAUCCAGGAGGCUCAGCUGGCCAAUCCUGACGUUCCUCUGGGCACGGCGGAGCAAUUCCUGUUCAGCCUGGCCUCCAUCAGUGCCCUGACCCCCCGCCUCCAGCUCUGGGCCUUCAAACUCAACUACGAGGCCCUUGAGAAGGAGAUCGCAGAGCCGCUGUUUGACCUGAAGCUGGGCAUGGAGCAGCUGGCCUCCAAUCAGACGUUCAGGAGGAUCCUGGCCACGCUGCUCGCCAUCGGGAACUUCCUCAACAGCUCCAACGCUAAAGGCUUUGAGCUGGGUUACCUGGAGAAGGUGGUGGAGGUGAAGGACACAGUUCACCGUCAGUCACUGCUACAUCACACCUGCAGCCUGGUGGUGGAAAAUUACCCAGAAUCCUCAGAUAUCUACUCAGAGAUCCCCGCCAUCACCCGCUCUGCCAAAGUGGACUUUGAGCUGCUGUCGGAGAACCUAGUCCAGCUGGAGAGACGCUGCAAAGCAUCAUGGGACAACCUGAAGGUGGUGGCCAAACACGAGACAAAGACGCUGCUGAAGAACAAGAUGACGGAGUUCCUGAAGGACUGUACACACAGGAUCAUCAUCCUGAAGGUGGUGCACCGCAGGGUCAUCAACAGGUUCCACUCCUUCCUUCUGUUCCUGGGUCAGCCGUCCUCCUCUGUUCGGGACAUUAAGGUGACCAGUUUCUGUCGGAUCAUCAGUGAGUUUUCUCUCGAGUACCGAACCACCAGAGAGCGAGUUCUGAGCAUCAAACGCAAACGGGCCGCUCACAGAGAGAGAACCAAGACCAGAGGCAAGAUGAUCACCGAGACAGAGAAGUUUUCGGGGGCGGUGCCUCAGCAGGAUAGCCCCUCCCCUGUCUCCAUGGCAGCGGAGGCGGGGCCAGGUCAGGAGGAGGAGCAUGAGAACAUGAGGAACCUGCUGAUCAGCAGCAACAACAGCCUGACAGCUGACCAGAGAGGCCUGAGACGCUCCAGAGCUGUCCGCAGUUUCGGCAGAGUGAGUCCGUCUCUGAUGUCCGUGGCUAAAGAAGACGGGACGAGCUCCCAGGAUGACGCCACAGACGAGAUCAUGGACCGGCUGGUCAAGUCCGUUACCCAGAAUCCUUCAGACAGACCGUCCAGCCCCAAGACCCGCAAACGGUCCCGACUAAACAGGAAGUCCUUGAGGAGGACUCUGAAGAGCGGUCUCAGUCUGGAUGUGGUUCAGGCUCUGGGCCUCAACAGCAAGGCAGGAGACAAGGUGUGAGCAGAGACUGAUCGAUAGAUUGAUCACAGACUGAACUCAGACCGGAUGACGGACUUCGGCCAACGAUACGAGGAACAGAUCGUCAGAGUUUUUCUCAGAAGUCUUUGUGUUUCCUGCAGGAGGAGAAUCAUUGCCGUGGUUGUUGGUGUGAAACAUUGAACUGGUUCUUGUUGCUCUUUAACGUCUGACACAAACAGCUGUGAGCGCUAACAGCUGUGAGCGCUAACAGCUGUGAGCGCUAACAGCCGUUAGAGCUAACAGCCGUUAGAGCUAACAGCCGUGAGUGCUAACAGCCGUGAGAGCUAACAGCCGUGAGUGCUAACAGCCGUGAGAGCUAACAGCCGUGAGUGCUAACAGCCGUGAGAGCUAACAGCCGUGAGAGCUAACAGCCGUUAGAGCUAACAGCCGUUAGAGCUAACAGCCGUGAGUGCUAACAGCCGUGAGAGCUAACAGCCGUGAGUGCUAACAGCCGUGAGAGCUAACAGCCGUGAGUGCUAACAGCCGUGAGAGCUAACAGCCGUUAGAGCUAACAGCCGUGAGAGCUAACAGCCGUGAGUGCUAACAGCCGUGAGAGCUAACAGCCGUGAGUGCUAACAGCCGUGAGAGCUAACAGCCGUGAGAACUAACAGUCGUUAGAGCUAACAGCCGUGAGAGCUAACAGCCGUGAGAGCUAACAGCCGUGAGUGCUAACAGCCGUGAGUGCUAACAGCCAUGAGAACUAACAGUCGUUAGAGCUAACAGCCGUGAGAGCUAACAGCCAUGAGAACUAACAGUCGUUAGAGCUAACAGCCGUGAGAGCUAACAGCCGUGAGAGCUAACAGCCGUGAGUGCUAACAGCCAUGAGAACUAACAGUCGUUAGAGCUAACAGCCGUGAGAGCUAACAGCCAUGAGAACUAACAGUCGUUAGAGCUAACAGCCGUGAGAGCUAACAGCCGUGAGAGCUAACAGCCGUUAGAGCUAACAGCCGUGAGUGCUAACAGCCGUGAGUGCUAACAGCUGUAAAUCUUUUAGAAACAUGAAAUGAUUCUGAUUCUCUGUUUGGACUGAAUUCUGUUUAUUAAUAUUUCCAUGUGGUCAAAGAGAAAACUUGUUUGACUCAGACGGUCUCCAUGUUCUCACAGUUACUGUCAGACUGAUGCUUCUUGUUCUUGACUGCAGCUGAAGGAAACACAUCUUCAUCUUCAUCUUCAUCUCUGAGAUGUGUCUGUGUCUCUUGACCUGCAGGUGUUUCAUUAAUUUGCAUUUUGUAGAAGAAGUUGUAUCCAUCUUCUGAGCUCUGAUGACUGACCUGCACAGAGAGGUCCUUGAAAGUCCUUAAAGAGUUUUUAAAUGUUUUGUGUCACAAAAUUCAACUUAAAUUUAGAAUCACACGUCAGAGAAUCACAAAACCUGUUCAACACCACCUGCCACUGCGUGUGUGUGUGUGUGUGUGUGUGUGUGUGUGUGUGAAUCACUGAACAGCUGACAGAACGACAACAUGGAAGACUGAAUGUGUUCCUGAUAUAAUUAAUAAAGUUUUAUGAAGAACAACGGGA